AUGGGAAGAUCAAAAAGUCGGAGUCGAAGUCCAAUAAAAUCUACGAUUACCUCAACAUCAACAUCGUCAUCAGGUGUAAAAAAACGUCGAAAAAAAUCAAGAUCACGAUCAAAAGAACGUUAUUCAUCAUCAAAUCAACGGCGACAUAGAUCAAAAUCUACUGAUAGAAAACGAACAAAAAGGUCACAUAGACAUUCUUCAAGUGGAGAUGAACGACAAGAUCUGACAUCAAAGAAAAAGGUUGAACUCGAACGGUUAGCUGAACUUGAAAAGCAACGAAUGCAAUUAUUACGUCAAAAAGAAGCUCGUGAACAACUCAUUCAAGAUGAAGUAGAACGUCGAGUAAAAGAUCUAGUUGAAUCUCGAGUUAAAGAUGAAUUAGAAAAACGGAAAAAUGAAAUUGAAAAUGAAGUCAAAAGAAGAGUGGAUUUAGAACACAAAAAAAUGGAAAAAUUAAUGUUAUUAGAAUUGGAACGACGAAAAGAUGAAGAGUUAAAAAAAUUGAUUAUUAAAGAGGAAGAGAGUAGAAAACGUCGCGAAGAACUUGAAAAAGUUGUGGAAGAAAAUGAACGAAAUAUAACUGAAGCACAAAAACGUCUCGUCGAAGAGCAUUCACGGUUGAUCGAAGAACAGCGAAAACUAGUCGAAGAUCGAGAAAAAUUUGAAGGCGAACUACGGAAGAAGAAAGAGAGUGAACAAAAUUUAAUUCUAGGAAAAAAGGGUAUUCGCCCAAAAUUAUCGUUUUCCUUGAAUAAUAACGGGAAAUAUGAAUAA